ACCAACAUAAACCUUCAGAGAAACUACUUACACCAAUAGACACACUGACCACCACAUGGCUAUCAAACGACCCAGGUCAGCACAUCGCACCGAAGGCGGAGACAAAGCCAACGAAUCAAUCCCCAUGUCACCCUCAUCAUCGUCAUCUACUGCGUCGGACACUGGGAGGGAGCCCAAGCGCCAGCGGUCCCAGAAGGCACCUAGACGCGAUAAGCUCAGCCCUUCCUCCGCAACCUCCUCAUCGCCAUCAUCAUCCGAAGAUGGGGGAGAGCCAGAAAACUCAGCAGACUGGAACCAGAAGGAAGGUAUCUCGGUUCAAAAGAAGAAAAAUUCAACUCUAGCCGAACACGCCAAGCGGAGACUCAGUGGAAAAUUCGGUAUGGUUCGGAAGAGUAUGAACUUCGAACAACCCCCCUCUGGCCAUUCAUCACCUGCCCGAGUCCCCGGUAACGGCAGGGUAGGCGCACUCGCACGAGCAAGAGAGAACCAUGCAAAAACGCGUCAAAGCAUCGGAAUCACUCAAGACAAUCCUUUGGUGAUCAGUACUGAAGUCAUGAAUAACAACUAUGACGAAUGGAUGAAAAUGGCCACUGACAAUAAAAUUAACGUGAACAACACGUGGUCAUUCGCUCUAAUUGAUUAUUUCCACGACAUGUCACUGCUACGGAAUCCAGAAGCAGAGGGUGGGAUUAAUUUUCAAAAAGCAUCUUGUACUUUAGAUGGCUGUGUCAAAAUCUGGACUUCCCGAGUUGACAGUGUGGCAACGGAGACUGGGAAGCUACUAUCAGGCCUUGCGGAGGAAGCCAACAACAUUUCCAACCAGAUCGACGGCGAAGAUGAUGAGGAUGUGGGAGAGGAGUCAGGACUGAAAGCACCCAAGAAAACUCGAACCCGGGCUACCAAUUCAACCUCAUUAGUCGAAUUCAACGAGAAAAUCAAAGUCAAAGAACUUGAACUUGAAUUCACCGUCGACCCUCUGUUCAAAAAGACAUGUGCCGACUUCGAUGAAGGCGGAUCUGGUGGAAUUUUAAUGAGCCAUUUGUCUGUUGACAGUUCCAUGACUAUCAUUUUCGACGCCAGUGGGAAGCUGUUUUCACAAAAUUCCGAUGACGAUCAGGCGACUCAAAAUACGGCAGAAGAUGAACAUCCAACACUAUUGGAUGUUUCCAAACUGAAAUCUGCGUUCCUGGAUUCAGUUGAAGGUUUCCAAGCUCGCUCUAUAUGUCCCUGUCUAUCAAACUUCAAAUUCUCUACCACGGACUCGAUUCAAUCCUUUGAAGGUCUUGCCGCGCUAGCCAACAUCAUGGAAAAACCUGAUGAGCCCCCUAUUACUCAUGAUACGCAUGAUACCGGUAACGACUUCUUCGAUUCAAACGAGUCGCCUAACCUUGGCGAAGAUAACUUUCAAAUUCCUGACCAUGAAGAUGUUGAUGAUGAGGGGGUAGAUAUGGGUGAAGCUUUCAAUCCGAGUGGGAUCCCUAAUCAAAGAGACCUUCUCAUGGCACUGGUCGAUGACAAUUCGAAGCAGGCAGAAGGAGGACAGAGUAUCUUCGGUCAAGAGAGUACCGGGAUGUUUGAUUACUUUGACAAAAGUAUGAAGAAAAGUUGGGCGGGCCCUGAGCAUUGGAAGUUGAGGAGGACUGUUGCUUUCAAAUCUCGAGAUGACGAAAAUACGACGACGGUCAAUCGCACCAAGCGGGAAAAAUCGACAUUUUCAUUCGACUUUUUAAAACCUUUAGAAAACAGUCGUAAGUCGAUUUUCCAGGCGGGUUCUGCGAGUUUGACUUUGCCUGGGUACAAGCCACCGAAGCCGAAGUCACAGCGGAGAAUGAUCAAAAAGAUCGUUGGCAGCAAGACCGCUAUUGGAUCCAAGCAGAUGUUGGAACAGCACUGUUUGCCGGAUGAUAUGCAUUUCAAUGCUUCCCAGCUCUUGAGAUUUGACAUGAAGCCCAAGACAACAUUCAAUAUGCGCGUCAAAUCUUCAGGAUCCGUGGCUCAUCACCCUGGUGCCGACAUUGAUGAAAACUACUGGGCCCGCACUGCGGCAGCAGCAGCACAAAACAAUCAAGACCAAGCGAAUCAAGAGGAAGAAAAUUCCAACGAUGCAAUCCCAUUUGCGACUCAGUUUUUCCAAGAUGAACCAGAUGAUCAGCCGGAUUUUGAAGAGGAGUUUGAUAAUCCGGUCGGAAUGACGGGCAACCUUUCCACUGAUCCGGAUGACACGACGUUGAAUGAUCCUGCGAAGACUAAAGAGGACGAGCAUGAUCUAAUUGCUGCCACUCAAAAUCUUAACGUUCGCGCCAGACCCGAGUUCGUUAACUACGCUAAGAAAGCUAAACGGGUUGAUGUCAAGAAGUUGAAGGAAAACAUCUGGAGAGAACUCGAAGAACUCACCAUUGAAAUGGAGGCUGAAGCUAACACAACUGAUCAUCAAGGAGAGAGUGAAGAUGCUUUAGAAGAAAAUGUCGAGAACCCAGAAGGCGAUGGGGGUAGCAAGAGAAGGAAGACGAAGACGUUCACCAAGGUGAUCAACGGGUUGAGAACGAUGUACCCACAGGAGAAGAUGGAAGAAAUCAGCACAUCGUUUUGUUUCAUAUGUUUACUUCAUCUGGCUAACGAGAAAGGCUUACGCAUCCAAUCGAUCAGCCAGUCAAAUCAACAACAAUUACCGCUAGAUUCGGCUAUGAAUGAUGAUGAUGGUAACAUCGAUGAUUCUGCUCCACUUCGACCAGAUGACUCCAAAUUUGUUGGUCGAUUAGAAGAGUUGAAAAUCUUGAAAGACGCCCUUUGAUUGUCCCCCCACCAGUUUUUCUUCAUGAUUUGUUUCUGCAUAAUCUUCACCGCUCAUGUGUUUCUUUUGGCUUAUUCGACCAAUGUUCUUUUGUUUCCCAUCUCGGUUUGUUUUACUCGCUCUGUUCCUUCUAUCCUGAACUUGAUGAACUUGGUGAUUAUUAGUAGUUCACAUGGAAGUCGAAAUACAGUCAAUUCGCAAUCGUCGCGUUUUCUUCUCUGAGAUCUCCAUCAAAAGCUUUUUGAAUUUUCUUCCGCUAAUGACAAGCACGA